AUUGAAGUUGGGCUGUUUGAAAGCUGCGGCUAAUCCCCUUGCCUUGCGGCGCGGCCGGUUGCUGGGGUCAUGAUCUGUGUGCUUCUGGUUGCUGGACACGGAACCUUGCUGGAGAGCGAGAUCAAGAAUGAAGCAACUGGCCUGUAUUCCCAUUUGGAGGGAAUCCCAAAGGCUUUGUUACCUGGAGUUGGUGGAAAAAAGAUAUUGGACUUCUGGUGGGAAGUUGUGAACAUGCGUCACCUCUUCAAUGAAGUCUACCUUAUCACAAACGCCGACAAGUACAAAUACUAUGAACGAUGGGCAACUGCCAAUGACUUCCCAGCAGAAAACAUUAUUAACGAUGGUUCGACCACCAGUGAUACACAGAUAGGCGCUGUAGCUGACUUAGAGCUGGUGGCCAGGAGCAAGAAGUUCAGUGACGACGUCAUGGUGAUUGCUGGGGAUAUGCUGUGUGAAGAUCCGAACUUUGAUAUUGCUGAAGUCCUCAAGUUCUUCAAAUUUAAGAUGGGCGAGCUGGCGAUUUACUAUGAGAUGGAAGAAGGAGAGAAGACUGAAUCUCGGGGAAUAGUUGAGGUGUGUCCCCAUACACACAGAAUCUCUAAGUUUUAUGAGAAACCCUGUGCAGGUGCCACAGACUCGAGGCUUGCGAGUGUUGUCUUUUACUGUUUCCAGAGAAAGACGCUACCAACUCUUGGGAAGUAUUUGAGCCAGUAUUCACAGGUGAACAAUCGAGGUCUUGGGAAGUAUAUGGAAUGGCUCAUCAAUGAGGCCAACAUCCCAGUGUUUGGAAUGAAGUUGCCUACUGGAUUCCAGCUCAUUGGCCAAGUGGGUCUUUCUGAAUAUAAGAAGUGGUUGGCACUUUACUCCUCCAAACAACAUGGCGUGGCUGUCAAACAAAUGACCUGCCGUUCCUACGCAAGGGCAGGGAUUAUGGGAAAUCCAUCAGACGGCUUUAAUGGAAAGACUAUUGCGAUGACAAUAUCUAACUUCUGGGCUGAUGUAACGAUACAUGAAAGCAAAAAAGUUGUACUGGUACCCCAUCCUCUCAAUGACCCGACAGUAUUUGGAAGCUUGCAGGAUUUGCAUGGGAUCAGUCGAAAGGAAGGCUAUUUGGGUGGUUUGAGGUUACUGCAAGCAACGUGUAAAAAGUUUUAUCAGUACUGCUCUGAACAAGGAAUUGCUUUGGCCAAACGGAAUUUCACUUUGAAAUAUGACACUAAUAUACCACGGCAAGUGGGCCUUGCUGGAAGCAGUGCCAUUGUUUCAGCCACACUUAAGUGCUUGAUGAAGUUCUAUGAUUUAAUUGAUGAUGAUUUGCCAAAGCCACUUAGAGCAAACUUUAUUCUGAAUGUAGAGUCUGAAGAACUCAUUAUUACAGCUGGACUCCAAGAUCGAGUGGUCCAGGUUUAUGAGGGGCUGGUUUACAUGGAUUUCAGUAAGGAACUCAUGGAGAAGCAGGGCUAUGGAAGCUAUAUUAAUAUGGAUAUGAACUGUUUACCCAACUUCUGGCUUGCUUACAUGGGAGAUCCAAGUGAUUCUGGGAAGAUUCAUAGUAAUGUGCGACAAAGAUGGCUCAAUGGUGAUUCUGAUGUUGGGAAAGCAAUGAAAACCUUUGCAGAACUCACUGAUCUGGCUAAGAUAGCCCUUGAGUCUGGGAAUUGGAAUGAUCUUUUUGAGUUGAUGAACAAAAAUUUUGAACUACGAAGGUCCAUAUAUACAGACUCUUGUUUGGGCGAAGGAAAUCUAAGGAUGGUACAACUUGGCAGAAAGUUUGGCUCAGCUGUAAAGCUUCCUGGCAGUGGAGGAGCAGUAAUUGGUCUAUGCUUGGACCCUGACAACCGGGUUGAACUAAAGAAGGCUUUCCAAGAAGCUGGGUUUGUGAUCUGUGACAUUGUCCCAUAUGUUCCUUGAGUUUUAUCCAGUAAAAAUGACAGAAGAUUUUUUUCAAAUGGAAAAAAGUUUAUUUUAAAAUCAACUGGAAUUACAGAACUGAUUUACAAUUAAUGGAAAUAUUUCAAAUGUUUUUAGUAUUCUAUUGAAUAUUUUUAUCUUGCAUUCAGUCUGUACUCCUAGCUGCCUAGUGCUGUGUGGAAUAUUGUCCAAAUAGCUAAGAGAUGACACAAACAUAUACCACAGCAAAAAUAUAAUUGAAAUUGAUUACUUCGUGUAUGCAAUUUCCCAAAAGUCUGUUUUUAUCCAAUGUAAAUUUUGGUUAGUUUUCAUCAGUUUCAAAUUUGAAGGUAACUAUGUGAUUAUAUGCUGCUAUAAAACUUAAGUUUCAUAGAUGGAAUGUGAAUGUGUGCUUUAAAAAUAUCUGAAGUAAUUUUACAGAUGUCAAUUGAAGCCAGAGAUUAGAUUUUUUUGUGUUCUGACAACUUCUUGACACCCAACACCCUCAAUGCAUGAAAGAGAAAAACAACAAUCUCCUGACCUUCAACAAUAAAGGCAAAAAAACUACAAUUUUAAAAAUAUUUUGAAGUUGGCUGUUACUACUGUCCUCAAAAAGCUUCAGUAGUGCUGCUGCCACAUAGAACCAGCUUUUGACUUAGGGUGCUGUCUCCGUGCUGUUUGCAAAUUUCCCUUUGACCGUGCAAGUUUCAUCUUGAUGCUCGCAUCUCCAAAACACAUUGGUUGGUAGGCCGUUGGCUGUUAUAAAUUACCACCCAGUGUACGCGGGUGAUUAGAGAAUCAGAGAGAUAAUGGGACUGGGAAAGAGAAAGUGUUAACGAGAAAUAAGUGGGGGAAUGUGAUUCAUGGGAUUGCUCUGGGAACUAGUAUAGACGUAAUAGCCUCAUGCCAUAAGAAAUUGUGAUGUAAUUUAUUGGUAUUCACAAUAUUCUCUCAUUGUUUUCUCUGGAACGUCGGAAUUUGUGGACAUAUGUAAAGUUCUGAGAGGCAUAGAUAGGGUGGACAGUCAGAACUUUUUUUUCCAGGGUAGAAGUAUCCUACACUAGAGAGCAUAGCUAUAAAGUGAGAGGGGGAAAGUUUACACUGAGGGGGAAAGAUUUGCGGAGCAUGUUUUGUACACACACAGAGUGACGAGGGCCUGGAACGUAUUGCCAGAGGUGACAGUGGAAGUAGACACGAUAGCCGCAUUUAAUGUUUUUAGAAAGGCACAUGGAAGUGCAGGGAAUAGAGGGGUAUAUGGAUCACAUGCAGGCAGAUGAGAUCAAUUCAGGUAGUCAUUGUGUUUAGCACAAAUAUUGUGGGUCGAAAGGCCCAUUCCUGUGCUGUCCUGUUCUAUAUUCCAUUCAUUUCUAAGGUAAUGUACAUAAUAAAUAUAGUGACACUAUUUGCAUUCUGCUGUUGUGAGUAACAGGUAUUCUUGCUUGGUAUUUAGAUGUCAAAUAAUAAAACUGCUGCAUUUAAUCAUUGAUUUGUUUUAAAUAAAAUUAUUACCU